GUAAACAUUGGCACAGUGACUUCUUUUUUACAAACGGCACUCUUCCCAAGUGCGACUGUUGACAGCAUCCCCACCAAGUUCCAACAUCUCAUUAGAAAAGAACAAGAAUUGCAUUCAAGACCCCAACAACUAUCCUUCUUUCCGCCCUCCCAAAAACUCGAAUCAAACAGCACAGAAAGAGGCAUAGGGAGAUAGAGAAGAUGGCAAUUUCCAGCGAGAAAUCGGUGGCAGAAGGCAAAGUUUGGAGUCUAUGCAAACUGCCCAGCUUUUGGAGUUCAACCAAUAAUGCUUCUCCUUCUGCUUCUUCUUCUUCAUCUUUCAGGAAUCACCCCGACAAUGGGCUGCCCGGGGAUCAUCAGCCCAGCCGCCAUAACCCCUCUGCUAAGCUUCCUUCCAUGAACAUCAAGUCUUUUCUUCCCACCCGCCGCAGGCUCAGUCUUGAUCCGCCCAACAAGUUAUACUUUUCAUAUGAACCUGGGAAGCAGGUCAAGAGCGCAAUCAGAAUCAAGAAUGUUACCAAAGCUCAUGUUGCCUUUAAGUUCCAAACAACUGCACCGAAAAGUUGUUACAUGCGUCCCCCGGGAGGUAUACUUGCUCCGGAUGAAAGCCUUAUUGCAACAGUGUUCAAAUUCGUGGAGCCGCCCGAGAAUAAUGAGAAACUAGUUGGCAAGAAGAGCAGGGUCAAGUUCAAGAUAAUGAGCUUAAAAGUAAAAGGGGACAUGGAUUAUGUGCCAGAGCUGGCAAGUAACACUUUUGAUGAACAAAAGGAUGAAGUGGCAGUUGAACAAAUACUGAGAGUAGUCUUCCUUGACGUAGAGCGCCCUUGCGCUGCACUAGAGAAACUUAAUCGUCAACUAGCAGAGGCUGAGGCAGAGCUCGAAGCACGCAAGAAGCCUCCAGAAGAUAAUGGCCCCAAAAUUGUUGGAGAAGGUCUUGUUAUAGAUGAAUGGAAAGAAAGGAGGGAAAGAUAUCUGGCUAGGCAACAUGUUGAUGGAGUUGAUUCAGUGUAAACAUUGGAAUAUGUGUAGAGAACCUUCCAAAUUCUCAGCAAUUCACCCUAAGAUCAGGGGAGCUUCACAAGUUUCUGUCAACCAUUUCUGCACUUUGAUAUCACAACCAUGUUAGCUACUGCCUGCUGCAUUCCUAUUUGUAAAUACUCUCUAAAUCUGUCUAGGAUGCUAUGAACUAAUAUCAAGCCUGAAAAGUAUUCAAUUUGGUAGCUGACAUUGAAUUA